AUGACAGAGAGCGAGGCACCGGCCAGUUACGCCAACAUCAAGACACAUUUCCCUGCCGCGCGGAUCAAGAAGCUGAUGCAGACAGACGAGGAUAUCGGUAAAGUGGCACAGGCGACUCCUGUGGCUGUGGGGCGGGCGUUGGAGCUGUUUUUGUGCUCACUGGUGGAGAAGUCUGUCGAGACGGCUACUAACGACCAGAGCAAGAAGAUUACGAUCCAGAUCUUGAACAAGACGAUCCAGGAGAACGAGCAGUUUGACUUUGUGGUCGGCGUGUGCGACAAGUACCUGAACAAGAACUCGAACGCCUCGUCGACGUCGUCGUCUGCCUCCGCCCAACAAGAGUGA